AUUUGCUAGUUAUAAAUGGCGCCACAUCUUAUCGCCUAUCUUCUUUACCAAAUCCAGAACAUCAUUUCCCUUCUCAGUCCUCUCUCUCUAAUGGAGUCUCUUUCUGUAGGCAUUUUAACUUGUUUACCUCUAAAAACCCACAAAUCCUCUCCCAAAUUCACCUGCAAUUCAAUACAAUUCAACUCCCCUAAAACCAGAAAAAUCCCAUACAAUUCCACUGUAGUCCCAAUUCAUCAUUCUACAAAAUUCCAACAAAUCUUUCCAAAACUCCAUCUAUCUUUCCUUUGUAUGAGUCUUUCUUUUCCUCUUACUUCCCUUGCCUCUGAAACUACAAUACCCACUGAAGAAAUUCCCACUAAAAUCAACGUAGAAGCAAUCUUGGUCUCUAUUGAUGAAUUCUUCAACAAGUAUCCAUUUUUUGUUGCUGGGGUUACAUUCAUUUGGCUUGUUGUGAUCCCAUUAGCUGAAGAGUACUUGCAAAAGUAUAAGUUCAUCUCAGCCGUUGAUGCCUUUGGGAAGCUCCGUGAUGACCCGAAUUUGCAGCUGUUAGAUGUUCGGGAUAAAAAGAGUUUGGAGUAUUUGCCUUCUCCUAAUUUGAGAAUGUUGAAUAAGAGUGUAAUGCAGGUUGAAUUCCGUGAAGGAGAUGACGAUGCCUUUGUUAAGAAGGUGUUUGAGAAUUUAAAGGAGCGAGAAAAUACUACACUUUGUGUUAUAGACAAUUUUGAUGGAAACUCAAUUAAAGUGGCUGAGCUAUUGGUCAAAAAUGGACUUAAAGAGGCUUAUGCUAUCCGAGGUGGGAUACGAGGCAAGAAAGGAUGGCAGGAGAUCCAAGAAACCCUUCUCCCUCCAUCUGUUCAUAUCUAUCCCAAGAAGAAGGUUAAAGGGUUGCAGCCGCAAGACAGCAAUAAUGGGGUAAUUCAAGCAAAUGAAAUUAAUAGUCAAUCUCCAUCUGCUAUAGGCGUGACCCAAGUUGAGCAGAUAAGCAAUGGUUCUGUUAAGAAGUCUGCUGACUCAACCUCAGUGACAAAAUGCGGUCCUAGGUCAUCAUCCCCAUAUCCAAAUUACCCAGAUUUGAAGCCCCCAUCAUCCCCUACUCCUUCAAAGCCUCAAAGUUGAUGACAGUUGCAUAUCAUUCCUUUGAUGCCUCAUAGCUCAUUGAUCAUGUGAAUGGUGAAAAUCUUUGCCAUGUCUCAACUGCAGCUUGACAUGUUUCUGAAGAGUAUGGCAGAUACACGCCGAAAAAUGAAAGCAAACAAUGCCUGCUCUGAUUUUUCCUCAGAUUACCAUGGAAUGCGGAAUUACUUCUACAUUCCAGGUUUGGGCAUUGGUAGACUUCUUAUUUUUUAAGUGUACGAGUUGUGAUCUUAUGACAAUAUUAUGAAAAAGAAUUGUUAACUA